ACAUCGAUUUAAGCGACCCAGUGGCCAACACCUGCGAAAUUUUAAAAGCUGCGAUUUUUCAGUGACAUUCUAAAUCAGGAUUCCGUCAUUAACUCUUAGGUAUGGACACACUGUGGCAGGUGCUUAUAGCACUGUUGGUUGUUGUUGUCACGUUGAUGGUGGGCUUAAAGAUGUAUGUGGAAGCUAUCAAGGGUCGCUGUUCAAGCACUAGGGAUCUCACCGGCAAGGUCGUUGUUGUCACUGGGGCCAACACAGGUAUUGGUUUUUGCACUGCUGAAAACUUGGCUCUGAGAAAUGCAAGAGUCAUCCUGGCAUGUCGGAAUGAGAAAAAAGCCAAGGAUGCUGUACAAAGGAUUAGGGCUGCUACUGGGAACAAGGAGGUUGUGUAUCAGCAUCUGGACAUCAGUCUGCUGUCAUCGGUGCGGACAUUUGUUAAGCAAUUCCUUUUGGAGGAGUCAAGGCUGGACAUUCUUAUCAACAACGCAGGGGUGGCAGGUAUGCAGUUCAGCAAAACAGAGGAGGGAUUUGAGACAACGUUUGUGACAAACUACCUCGGCCAUUUUCUCCUCACAAACCUAUUGCUAGACAAGUUGAAGCAGUGUGGCCCAAGCAGAGUGGUGAAUGUGUCUUCCAUGGUCCACAACUGGAGCAAGAAGUUUCACCUUGACGACAUGAAUGGGGAGAAGUCGUACUCUAUUCAACUGGCCUACUAUAACUCCAAACUGGCCAACAUUCUGUUUACGCGGGAACUAGCUAGACGAUCACAGGAAACUGGUGUGAUGGCGUACAGUCUUCAUCCCGGGGCGGUCCAGUCUGAGGUGUGGCGUAAUGUACCCCGCCUGCAUUGGGUUUUUCUGGCCAUUCCACUGUACUUGUAUUUUAAGACGUCGGAAGAGGGUGCCCAGACAUCGAUUUACUGUGCAGUGUCUGAGGACGUGGCGGAGGAGAGCGGGAAAUACUACGUUGACUGUCGCCAGGCAGAGGACCAGGCCUCGGACACUAGCCGGGAUAUGGGCUUGGCACGUAAACUGUGGGAGUACAGCGAGCGAGUCACAGGACUGGCAACAUCCGACAAUUAACGGUGCAUGGUACAGACAGGCUGUGAAAUCCAGGUGUUUUGGUAUGAUGUACACUAGGCAACUUUGCUUCCAGCUCUUUAGAUAUAGAUAGUUCUAAAAAGUUGUGGCCAUUGCAAACAUUGCAAGAACCAUCAAUGAUUUUACAGUAUACUCGUAUUUGUCUGUUUUUUAUAAUCUUUGUUUAACCUUAUUCAGUAUUACCGUAGAUAUUAAAGAGUUAUGGCUCAAAGUGUUUCACUUUAUAUGGGUAUGUGUUUUUAAAAUUAUGAUGUUUAUGUAUUUUUCAAAAUCUACUGUAGUAUUUUUUUUAUUUUACAUCCUGUAAUAUAUACAUAGAUAUUAUUUUAUAGAUCCCUUAUCAAAUGGCUACCAUAUUGCUUUUGGCAUAUCAAUUGUAUUUGAAAUAAUAGAAGCAUUAUAUGGUUUGUCUAUUAACCACAAAUCAUGUUAUACUAGUCAAAGAUACACGGCAACACAUCCAUUAUUUCCAGUCUAAUGGCAAAAGAAUUGUUUCAUUGUAAAUAUAAAAUAACGUAUCACACUUAUUUCUGUUGAGUUACAUCAUAACUUGUCAACAGAAUACGAAAUCAUAACUAUUUGUUACUGCACUUUAAAAAUGCAUUGAUUUCUUCAUAGAUAAAUUUAAAAUUAUUAACAACUAUCAUGGAAGAAUUUUUUUAUAAAAACCUUGCAGUCUUUUUCAAUGACUGGGGAUUGUACAAUGUGUUACCUGGCAGCAUGUAUAAUGUAUUGUUGAUAAUUUCACUGAAGUGGGUUUUAUUUCACAUUGCUUUUGUGACACAAACUAGUCAAACUAUUUUAUUUCUAUUUUUAACACAAGCCUAACAAGUGGCUGCCCAAGUGAUAUCCAUGGUUCAUCAAAGAUCAUUGUGCGAGCAUUACUUCUUAAUGUAUGACUGACUAUGGUUAGGUCAACAUUAAGGACACAAAUAAAAAUACACCUCAAAUUCUCUCCACCAUAUAACAAAUGUUUCUCAAAAAUGUAUUUUACCUGACUUUUUAUGGUUAUCCAUUUUUAUUGAAUGAAAGCAAGGUCUAAAUGGUCGCUUUUUCGUUUCCUUAAAUUCGCUAAGCAAUAAAUCAGCAGGGACAACCUUAUAAACUGUUCACAAUGUCACCCACUACCAGUUGAUCUUUAUACAUGUUCUGGUAGUAGUAUUUUUACCAAUUUGUAAUAGACAAUUACCAGGUCCCUUUUUUUAGGAAUUGAGAAUCAUAAUUGAAAAUGUUUUAGCUGGUCUGUUUUUUUUAAGUACAGUCAAACCUGUAUUAAGUGGCCACCCUUAGGAAAAGUUCAAAGUAGCUGCUUAAGACAGGUGGCCACUUAAUCCAGGUUGAUCAUUUCGGCCAUUUAAACUUUGUUCUGACUGAGGUCGAAUAUGCAUCUUAACCGCAACCUCAAAAAACGUUUUAGUGGGUCUGUACAUGAAUUGUCAUAGCCUUUGUGUCAUAACUCAAAAACUGUCAAACAUAUGUGUUGCAAGUUUCAUAAGGUUGCAAUCAUUAAGGAUUGUUUAUAUAUGCCCCUUAUUCCAGUGGAAAAAAGACGAUCAUUCAUAUUAUUGUAGUCUGUUUUAUAUCACAUCAGUAUUGUUCUAUCAUUCCAUAGUUUUGUAUCUUGAUACUUUUUGUACGGCUAUUUAACCUGUGCCAAAUGAUGGUGUGUCAUGUAUUAGCUGUCUAAUUGUGAACCCAUAUUGAAAUACAUAUCCAAGAUACA